AUGAGUGGAGUGCAACGCAAAGUGCUGCGACAAAGUAGCGUCAAGACCACCCUGUACUUCAGGAGGACGGAAUUCGAACCCCAAUUAUUAUUUUUUGGUCUCUUCCUGCUGCUGCCUAAAGGAUUUGACGCAGGUCAUAUUGUUGACUUAAUUGGGGCACAGACGACAAGUGCUUCAUUCCAAGUUGAAGUUAUCACUUACGAAGACAACUACAUCUUGUGCGACGAGAUCGAAAUCCGUCCCCCGAAUGCUGCAAUUCGCCUGUACCCUACAAAUUUUCCACAAAGACCAGGAAAAGUGUACGCUGACGGGCUGCAACCAGAAACGUGCUAUACGUUGACUACAAUAUGCUGUGAUUUGUAUAGGGAUAGUCCUUACAUCAAAACUGGACAAGACUGUUAUAAAGGAAGCAAGGAUUUUUGCACUGCUCAUUAUCCCGGUCAUCGAAUAAAUCUCAUUGAUGUUAACUCGACAAGUGCUUCCUUCGAAGUGGAAGUUGCUGGACACACCGACAACUACAUCUUGUGCGACGUCAUUGAAAUCAGUCCCGCGAAUGCUGCAAUUGACCUGUACCCUACAGAUGUUCCACGAAAACCGGGAAUUGUGUACGCUGAUGGACUGCAACCAGAAACGUGCUAUAUUUUGACUACAGUAUGUUGUGAUUUGUAUAGAUCAAGUCCUUACACCAAAACUGGGCGAGACUGCUAUCGAGGAAGCGAGGAUUUUUGCACUGCUAGCCCCGAGCAUCAAUUAGAUUUGAUUGAUGUUGACCCGUCGAGUGCUUCUUUCGAAGUGGAAAUUGUCGGAUAUACCGACCACUACAUCUUGUGCGACCUAAUCGAAAUCAGUCCCCCGAAUGCUGCAAUCGAACUGCACCCUGCAGAUGUUCCACGAAAACCGGGAAUUGUGUACGCUGAUGGACUGCAACCAGAAACGUGCUAUAAUUUGACUACAGUGUGCUGUGAUUUGUAUAGAGAUAACCCUUACACCAAAACCGGACGAGACUGUCAUCGAGGAAGCGCACAUUUUUGCACAUCUGUCACGGGCAAUUUAUAUGUCAGUCUCGGAGAGGAAAUGAACGGCCAAAACUUUGAUUGGUCAACCCUUGAUAUUCAAGUCUACAUGACAAAAGACUAUACUCCAUAUGAUAAUUCCGAUUAUGGUCUCUGGUUCGUCGACGGAGCCUCUUGCACCUUUUGGAUGGCCAAAAGUAAUCUGCAUAGUUUGCCAUGUAAUGUAGACCCAACAUUUGAGUCCAGCUCAUACCCGGCGGAACUCCAGAUGCGAAAUUUGGAGCCAGACAGUGUGUAUACACUCACAAUUGAGAACUUUUAUUCUCCAGAUCAAGCAAUUUAUGAUAUGGUUGGAGGAAACUUUACAAUAUGCACUUCUUCAGGCAAUUAUUCGAGGACAAAGCCUUGGAACUUGGUCGCCGAGGGUCAAAACAUAUCAUCUGCUUCUGACUCUAUAAACAUUCCACCCCAAUUUUUCACCACUCAACUGUUCAAUUAUGCGUCUAUAGGAAUUCUUAAUGAAACUGAAGAUUUCGUUGAAAGGCUCUGGAUUCCAUUUGACAAUUCAGUCGGCCAUACUUAUCACGACUUGGCUGCAGACAAUCAGUUCUGGAUGGAAUUCGUGUUUCCAUCUUUUAACUGUGACAUUGGAGACAUCCGCUACCGUCAAGAGCUUGUAGCUUGUACAGCCCCUUUGUUGCCUGAUGUAAUAUUCGAAACCUAUGACUAUGGGAUCAUACACUAUCAAGUAGUCCAUAACAAUUCCAACUUUGACACGAUCACAGCUUCUGUUGAGCCUCCAGACGCUCCCCCUCUGAAUAAAUUGGAGGGAUACUUUCUCGAUCUGAAGUAUGCAACUGUGUACACUCUAACCGUGCAAGUAGCGGUCGGGUCGAAGACUGACUGUGGACAAACAAAAUCAGAUGAUCUUAGAGUUUCCCAGAAAAUGAAAACAGCUCUUACACCUGCCAGUUGCUGUGCUACUUCUGCUACUCUGGCUUGUGACGAGAAGAAUGUGACAGUAUGGGCGGUGGCAAUCACAGCAUGUGUCAUUUUUCUAAUUGUCAGUGUGACGAUGAACAUCGUUUGCAUCGCUUACAUUUGCCGAGUGGACAGUCAGAAAACAACACGAAACUCAACAGGAAAAACAAACCAAGAACUCAACGGAAAGAUGGAACUGAACACCAUUUCACAGUGA